GCAAACUACAGUAAACAUAUCACGUGAACAUUGUAAUUGCAAUGGAAGUAGUUGGUGAAUACUGUUUCGAACGGAAAGACCUGCUGGGGCAUGGAGCGUUCGCCAUUGUCUUUAAAGGACACAAGCAAACCCAUCCGGACUUUACAGUGGCUGUCAAGCGUAUUACGGUAAAACAUGCUCAAGCAAAGACGCAAGCUGCGCUAGAGAAAGAAAUGGAGAUUUUGAAAAAAGUGCAACACGAGAAUGUGGUCCGUCUGUAUCACUACCAGAAGACGGAGAGCUACUUGUAUCUUGUACUAGAGUUUUGUAAUGGUGGAGACUUGGCAGAGUAUUUGCAAGCAAAAAAGACGCUCAGCGAAGACACGAUCAAGAUAUUUCUUCGACAGAUUGCAUCUGCGAUGGGUGCCAUUCACGCGUUGGGUAUAAUUCAUCGAGAUCUCAAGCCACAGAACCUUCUACUCCAUCAUUCCAACAAGCCGAAUCCGCAUGUUCCGGCCAACAUUACCGUGAAACUAGCUGAUUUUGGGUUUGCUCGCUUUCUCGGUGAACAGAGCAUGGCGGCUACUUUGUGUGGUUCUCCACUGUACAUGGCUCCUGAGGUGUUGAUGUCGAAGCAGUACGAUGCAAAAUGUGAUCUCUGGAGUAUCGGCACGAUUAUUUAUCAGUGUCUCACCGGGAAGGCUCCGUUCUAUGCUUCAACUCCUGCUGCUUUGAAAAAAUUCUAUGAAAAUGAAAAGAAUUUGGAAGUGGAGCUUGACGGUUCGGUUUCUUCCGAGUUGCAAGAUCUGCUGAGACAUUUGUUGCGAAGAGAUCCACGUUACAGAAUUCCUUUCUCCGAGUUUUUCAGUCAUCCAUUUCUCGCAGAAAAGCGGCAUGUUAUCUCUUCUGAACCUGUUCCAAUUCAGUCUGCAGUUGACACUCCGUUCGGCGUUGAUUCUUUUCCGAUUGAAAACGAGUUUGCUAACGUCCAUGCAAAUCACGCCGAGUCUCCGUUGCUAUCAGAUGCGACAUGUGAGGACUUGUAUCAUCCGUCGUCGUACCAGCCGCCGUCUCUCUGUCGAGGAAUGGGUCAGACUGGUGAUGUUGAACUGUUGGCUGAAGAAGACAGCUUUCAACACGAUGAGUCACUUGAUGCAGAGAGCGACUUAGACGGAUACGUGAUGGUGCAGAGAUGUCAUCAAUCACCGAAAGGACACAGACAGAAGAGCAUCGACAGUCAGUAUGGAAUUUCUCUCAGCUUGUUUGAGAAAUCGUUCUCAUCCAGCCCACCUUGUGCUGUGUCUCCACCGACGUCUACUGCUUCCAACCACCCGUCGUCUAAGCCUCGUACUGUGCAGGCCAGUCGUCAUUUAUCUCCUCAUGCGUCGCCACAAGCAACAGCGCAAACACUUGAACAUUAUUCUUCGCCGUUUUCUUCCCUUUCCGGUCUGACUUCCUAUAGUCACAGUUCACCGCUCUCUGAACCGGCAUCUCUUCCAUCAUUUCCUAUGACUCCAGGAAAAGAAACGGGGCCACUCAGAAGAUUGUUUUCACACGCAGGAUUGUCACCUCCGAUGCAGGAACGUUACAAGCCUAUCCACACGGCAUUUGAUUCGGCCAAUCGAGUGAAGUUUGGUAAUAACAGUCCAACCGCAUACGCUCGAUCUGCUUCGAGUAGAAGAUAUGGUAGAAGAAGACGUGGACAGACUGCCAGUCCUAAUGUUGCCGAGCAAUUGCAUCGUAUUUCAUUUCAAGAUCAAGCUUUUCAUAGGAACUGCACUAGUCCGGUUCCAAACCAACCAAUACAUCGUUCGCAUACAGACCCUUGCUUUCUACAUUUGCAGGGACAAUUUGGUACGUCUCCACCGAUGAGGCCUCUGGAUGCAGGAUUUGCUACAUCUCAACGAGUUUAUCGGCACUGUUCUGUUCCCGGUUCAUUUUCUCCUAGUCCUAGUAGAGCCUUGCUGAUUGGCACAUCACCACCGAUCAUGGAAGGGACGGUAGAGUUUCGGGCACCACAUUUGUCAGAGGAAACAAUAAUGGACGCAUCGCAAACUGAGACAAUGCGUCAACUGUCAUUCACUUAUGAGUAUGUUUCUGAAAUUAUCAACAUUGCUCAGUCACGAGCCAGUCUGAUAGGAAGUCUUAUUAGCUCAUCGUCGUCGUCAUCUCAGAGAGGCGAUAAUUUGGCUGACCAACUGGGUGCUGUUGGUAGCAACAGAAGGAUUGAAGAGCAGUUGGCAUUGUAUCAGUUUGCUUUAGGUUUGCUGUCAAAUACUCUUCAAAUAGCAAAGAAAGAAAUAGAAGAUGGCCGACUUAUGAAAUCAUCUAAUGUUAAGAGAACUGUAAAGCAACUCGUUGAACUUCGUACACGUUGUAUUACUCGAUACAAGAAACUGCUUGCUGUAGACUUUUCUACAGUGAGAUUGGUACUAGUGUUCAAUACUAUCACGUUUUUCUUGUUUCUCAACAUGUUGCUUUUGCAGCCUGUAGCAGAGAAGUUGGCAUUUCUACAAGCUUUGCAGUUGUGCCAAGAAUGUGUUGAUAAAGAGACGAUGUCUGAUGGGAUUGCCGUUAACUGUUCUGAUUACUCGAGGGCAAUGAUUUUGCUGAGAGGUUUACUCGACAAUAGUGAAGAUUUGUAUGACAAAGACGUGCUUGAUAAAAGUAUUUCUGUACUCAGUCAACACAUGAUGACAUUGAGAAGCUCAUGUACAACAUCUGCUGAGAUAGAUUAAUUACUGUACUGAACCUUUUUAAGACUAUUUCGUAUCUGAUAAGAACACAUAAUAAUAAAUUUUAGCCAGAC